UCAAUGAUAGUGAAUCGCCUCAUUUCCGUGUGGCUGGGUAGAAAUUUCUUCUGAUUUUCGAUUCCGAUCGCUAUGGACUUCCGCAGCUUGUCAAGGAGAGAUCUCCAAGCACUCUGCAAGAGGAAUAAGAUUCCGGCCAAUACCACUAAUGUUGCCAUGGCCGACGCCCUUUCCGUUCUUCCAUUGGUUGAAGGAAUCGAGGAGUUUUUGAACGGCGAAGGAUCUGGAGUACCAGAAUCACCGAUGAAACAAGAGUUUGUUAACUCGGAAAUUCUUCGAACUGCACAGAGAACCACGACCAGAAGAAAGACCGUCAAAGAUGAGUCAGUUACUACUCGAACACGCCGUGCAGCUGCAGCGAGAUGUACAGAGGAAUCGGAAAACAGAGAUCUAAACGUGGUUUUAACUACUCCGUCUUUAGCGAGUGGCCGGAGAAGAAUGGCGGCGGCUUCUUCAGCUUGCAAAAAGGUAGAUUUUCAGAUGACGGUCGAUGUCGUUGAGAAAGAGGACAGCAAUUUAGAUCAAGAAAAGAAUGAUAUUGAAAAAACGCCUUCUAUAGUUGAAAGCCGUAAGAGAGUAGCGGCUGCUUCGACACGUAGAAGAACUGAGACUCGGAAUAAUGGAGCUACGGAGCGACGAGUGUAUAGUACAAGAAGGUCUGCUAGAUUGUUGGAGAAGAGCAUGGAGAGCUUGAGUUUAGGAGGUGACGAGAAAAGGGAGCCAAUUAGUAGUGUCCAUAUGUCUUUCGAUGAAAUGCCUGACAGUAUAGGAUCUGUGAAGGAGUAUACGAGCAUAGAAGUUGAGUCUGUGAAGGAGGAUACGAACAUAGAAGUUGAGUCUGUGAAGGAGGAUACGAACAUAGAAGUUGAGUCUGUGAAGGAGGAUACGAACAUAGAAGUUGAGUCUGUGAAGGAGGAUAUUAGCAUAGAAGUUGAGUCUGUGAAGGAGGAUACGAUCAUAGAAGUUGAGUCUGUGAAGGAGGAUACGAGCAUAGAAGUUGAGUCGGUGAAGGAGGAUACGAGCAUAGAAGUUGAGUCGGUGAAGGAGGAUGCGAGCAUAGAAGUUGAGUCUGUGGAGGAGGAUGCGAGCAUAGAAGUUGAGUCUGUGGAGGAGGAUGCGAGCAUAGAAGUUGAGUCUGUGGAGGAGGAUGCGAGCAUAGAAGUUGAGUCUGUGAAGGAGGAUACGAGCAUAGAAGUUGAGUCGGUGAAGGAGGAUGCGAGCAUAGAAGUUGAGUCUGUGGAGGAGGAUGCGAGCAUAGAAGUUGAGUCUGUGGAGGAGGAUGCGAGCAUAGAAGAAACUGAGUCAAAUAAAACCGAUGAAAGCAAAUUGGAUGAUGAUGAUUUGGAGGAGUCCAAGAAACCCGAUAAAAGCAAAUUGGAUAAUGAUUUGGAGUUGGAAAUCGAUAACCAAGUGAAGAAUAAGCUGGAGUCUGAAGUAAAAGUUUCAGAGGUUGAACCAGAAGUUGAUCUUGAUUCGUUGAAUUGUCAAGCAGAAAAUCUUUCUACUGCACAGAAUGAUUGCUCUGAAACAGAAGCACCCGACAAUAAUCUGAAUGUGAAAUGCCUCCCUGAAGUUGAGGAAGCAAAUGAAGCUUCUAAUGACGAUGAUGCUGGGGAGAUUUUUGCUGAGGAAAUCAAAGACUCUGACAAUUUCUCUCUCCCCACUGAAGUUGUGGACCAGACAGGAGUUUACAACUCGAGUAUUGUAGAACAAUCCAGUAAGGAAGUGGAACAAAAUGAGUCUAUUUGUGAAUCAGAAUGCGGAAGUGAAGAAGAUGCUGAAGAAGAAGCCGAACUCACUAACAUUUCAGCAGAAUUGUCUCCUCCCCAUGAAAAUGUGGAAGAGGAAAUCGAAGAUGAUGAUGAACUCAUAAAAUAUUCUACUGAUUUAUCUCUGCCCCAUGAGGAAGAACAAACCCAAGUCGAUGAUGACUUGAGCAAUGUUAAAGAAUCUGUUAUAGAAGUGAAAGAUGACGAUUUGGAGUUGGAAGAACCGGAAGUAAUGGAGACGGUUUCAGUUCAAGCUGAAAAAGAUGAUACAGUGAACUCCAUGGACUUCCCGGAGACUGUUUCUGAAGAAGAACUGGUCGAUAUCUUGAGCAAUGUUGAAGAAUCUGUUGUGUUAGUGAAAGAUGACGAUUCAGAGUUGGAAGAACCCGAAGUAUUGGAUCCUGAAGACAUCAGAAAUGUCGACGCCGUGGAAGAACCCGAAAUCCAAAACGACAUCCGAUGUGAGGAAGAAAUAAUUCCCGGUUCCUCAAACAUCAAGAUCAAUGGAGUUCAAUCAUUACCCUCCUCUUUCGAAGCUGACCAAAUGGCAUUGGCAAACCAAUUUCCGAGGCCGACAGUAGAAACCAAAUCACCAGUUAAAGACCAAUCCAUUCAGCUGCUAAUCGACAACUCAGAUACUGAAGAAGAAGAUGAAGAUCAUAAAGAACAGGACAAAGAAAUCUUGAUUCAGAGGCAAAAUGUGGAGAAAAAUGAUGUAAGCUUAAGACAGCUGCGAAAGAUGUUCAAGCAACAACUCCAACUUAGCAAGAAGAAAAUGGACAACAACGACAACAACAACACAAAAGUUGUUGGUGGUGGGGGGAAGCUGAGAACUGCUUUACAGCCACUGGAAGAAAACAGAAUGGUAGCCAUGAAUGAAGUGGAGAAGAGAUUAUAGAAGUCUUCUUUAUUUCUACUGGUUGAGGAGGGGAGAAUUUUGUGGUGCUGCAUGCAUGGGUUCAAACUGUGGUUUGCCUUAAUAGUUUGUCUGAUUCUUGUCGUUGAUGAUCCUUUUACAAUAAUGCUGUGUAGUUUUUGAUUUCUCAACACAACAAAAACUAGCAAAUUUUUGCUUCCUUUAGAGAGAGAAAUAUAAUACAUUUCUAUCUAAAAUUAUUGUGUUCUAUUUUUUCUAGCA